GUUCUGAUUGAGACCCUGGUAGCUCUCGGAGCUCAGUGUCGUUGGACAGCCUGUAACAUCUACUCUACUCAGAACGAGGUGGCUGCUGCCCUGGCAGAGACCGGUGUGCCUGUGUUUGCGUGGAAGGGCGAGUCAGAGGAUGACUUUUGGUGGUGCAUCGACCGCUGUGUCAACACGGAAGGCUGGCAGGCCAACAUGAUCUUGGAUGACGGAGGGGAUCUGACCCACUGGGUUUAUAAGAAGUACCCCAGCGUGUUCAAGAAGGCUCAGGGCAUCGUGGAGGAGAGUGUCACUGGAGUCCACAGGUUGUACCAGCUGUCCAAGGCAGGCAAGCUGUGUGUCCCGGCCAUGAACGUGAACGACUCUGUUACCAAGCAGAAGUUUGACAACCUCUACUGCUGCAGAGAGUCCAUCCUGGACGGUUUGAAGAGGACCACUGAUGUGAUGUUUGGGGGGAAACAGGUGGUGGUGUGCGGUUAUGGAGAGGUGGGGAAGGGUUGCUGUUCUGCCCUGAAGGCCCUGGGAGCCAUCGUCUGCAUCACGGAGAUAGACCCCAUCUGCGCCCUGCAGGGCUGCAUGGAUGGGUUCAGGGUGGUGAAGCUGAAUGAAGUCAUUCGUCAGAUGGACCUGGUGAUAACCUGCACAGGCAAUAAGAACGUGGUGACCAGAGAGCAGCUGGACCGGAUGAAGAAUGGCUGUAUAGUCUGCAACAUGGGACAUUCCAAUACCGAGAUUGAUGUGGCCAGCCUGAGGAGCCCGGAGCUUACCUGGGAGAGGGUGCGUUCUCAGGUGGACCAUGUGAUCUGGCCCGAUGGCAAGAGGGUUGUCCUGCUGGCUGAGGGUCGUCUUUUGAAUCUGAGCUGUUCUACAGUGCCUACGUUUGUCCUGUCUAUCACAGCCACUACUCAGGCCCUGGCUCUGAUUGAGUUGUUCAAUGCUCCUGAGGGACGCUACAAACAGGAUGUCUAUUUGCUGCCUAAGAAGAUGGGUAAGACCAUGGCACCCUAUUCCCUAUAUAGUGCCCUACUUUUGACCAUGACCCAUAGGGCUUUGAUUAAAA